UUACCAGAUCUAUCAGACUAUCAUACUCACCCACCCCACACACUUCACGAGUUCACUCUCUUUCACCCUCACAGAACACACACAUUUUCACUCAUCAAUGGCAGCGAUCGGAGCACUAAAUCCGCCACAUUUCUUCUCCUCCACCGCCAUUGCUGCCGACCGGAGCUCCCUCCGCUCACCGUCAUCCUGCCGGACCUUAUCAUUCUCCUCCUCUCGCCUCUCCGGUGAUAAAAUAUCUUCCGCAUCGUUCGUCACACGACGUCGUACUGGAAGUAGAGUUCCGGUCACUGUUUCUCCGAAAUCUGUUUCGGAUUCUAAAAAUUCGCAGACAUGCCUUGAUCCUGACGCUAGUCAAAGUGUCUUGGGGAUAAUACUUGGAGGUGGAGCGGGGACUCGCCUUUAUCCCUUAACAAAAAAGAGGGCAAAGCCUGCUGUUCCGUUAGGAGCAAAUUACAGGCUUAUUGACAUUCCUGUUAGCAAUUGCUUGAACAGCAACAUAUCAAAGAUUUAUGUUCUUACACAGUUCAACUCUGCGUCACUUAAUCGCCACCUGUCACGCGCAUAUGCAAGUAACAUGGGCGGUUACAAGAAUGAAGGGUUUGUUGAAGUACUUGCUGCUCAACAGAGUCCAGAAAAUCCAAACUGGUUUCAGGGUACUGCUGAUGCUGUAAGACAGUAUUUGUGGCUGUUUGAAGAGCAUAACGUUCUAGAGUUUCUCAUCCUUGCUGGAGACCAUUUAUACCGUAUGGAUUACGAGAGAUUUAUUCAAGCUCACAGAGAAACCGAUGCUGACAUCACUGUAGCAGCUUUGCCAAUGGAUGAAAAACGCGCUACUGCAUUUGGUUUGAUGAAGAUUGACGAAGAAGGGCGUAUAAUUGAAUUUGCUGAGAAACCGAAAGGAGAACAACUGAAAGCUAUGAAAGUUGAUACUACAAUUUUGGGGCUUGAUGAAGAGAGAGCUAAAGAAAUGCCUUAUAUUGCUAGUAUGGGUAUUUAUGUUGUUAGUAAAGAUGUGAUGUUGAAUUUGCUAAAAGAUCAAUUUCCUGGAGCAAAUGAUUUUGGAAGCGAAGUGAUUCCUGGUGCAACAUCUAUUGGGCUAAGAGUACAAGCCUACCUUUAUGAUGGAUACUGGGAAGAUAUUGGUACAAUUGAGGCUUUCUACAAUGCCAAUUUGGGCAUCACAAAAAAGCCGGUGCCGGAUUUCAGUUUCUAUGAUCGUUCGGCCCCUAUUUACACCCAACCUCGUUACUUGCCUCCUUCCAAGAUGCUUGAUGCUGAUGUCACCGAUAGCGUCAUCGGUGAAGGGUGUGUGAUUAAGAACUGCAAGAUUCAUCAUUCUGUUGUUGGGCUUCGAUCUUGCAUAGCUGAAGGUGCGGUAAUUGAAGAUUCAUUGCUUAUGGGAGCAGAUUAUUACGAGACUGAUGCUGACAGAAGGCUUCUUGCUGCAAAAGGUAGUGUUCCAAUUGGUAUCGGAAAGAACACUCAUAUCAAAAGAGCGAUCAUUGAUAAGAAUGCACGCAUUGGAGACAACGUGAAGAUUAUAAACAGUGAUAACAUUCAAGAAGCAGCAAGAGAAACAGAAGGGUACUUCAUAAAAAGCGGGAUCGUGACAGUUAUCAAAGACGCAUUGAUUCCUUCCGGCAGCAUAAUUUAGAAGAUACAAAAACCUUGAUGGCCAUCGGUGAAGAUUCGACUGUCAGGUACCUUAGAGUAUCUUGUUACAGAACUAUGCAUUAUGGUACCGAAGAGGAAGCAUGUCGCGCUGUGAAAUGUGAAAUUAUUAUUUAUUUAAUAAAAGUUAAACUUAAUGUGGAUGAGGUCGUAUAUGGUUUUGAAUACUAUAUCUAUGCUUUACUUGCACUUUUCAUGUUUCUAGUAACAAAGUCUUUUGUUCAAGUUA